AUGAUCGGCCUAGUACCCUACCAGCGUCUCGCCUGUAAGAGACAUGGUGACCCAAGAUGGAUUAGUGGUUCGAGCGCGAAGUUACUCACCGAAAAGUCCGGGUGGUUCGAGCGCGAAGUUACUCACCGAAAAGUCCGGGGUUCGAAUCGACUUCUGUCUAGGCUUGAGCAACCUGGCAGUAUCCCAGCCCUCGUGCUUCCUUCGGGUGGCACGGCAGCUAAGCACUGGAAGAAGGCUACAGCUGAACAGUUUUCAGUGACCCAACUUAUUCUUAUUGUUCGUUACCAAGCUCAGGGGUUUCAUCAUCACCCACUCAACCUUGCACUGACGAUGUCACCUCGAUUGGCGAUAAAACGUUUGCAGUCCAACUGCCAAGCUCGCCGAACAGACCAACAACCAAACAGCGCGCUCGAGCUACCUGCAUUCCACAUUACCAGUUUCAUAAUCAACAUUGCCAGCUGUAAAAAUCACGUACUUGCAGUACGGUGUUCUAGCUUCUACAGUUUCGUUCACUGA